AGUUAACGAGCGUGCGGCAGUGCGGUUCGGCAAGCGCUGAGAACGUGGAGCUGGAAUCCGAGAGCCAAGAGCCAAGCGCUGUGCCGUUCGAUUAACGCCGACGUGGUGAACUGAACUCAACUAAACAACAACAUUAAAAACAACAAUAAUAAUAAUAAAAAAAAACACAGUUCUGCACAGCAAAUUCAUAAAAAUCGUGUGUGCAACUGUGAAAUGUUGGCCAGAAGUGAAUAACAGCCAUGGCUCAACUAACGUAUGUGGGCCAAGGUCAGCAGACGGCCGGUGGGUCUCUGGUUGCCUCUCUGAUGCUUGUGCUGUGUCUCGUCUUUGCGCUCCUUGGCAUCAAGAUCUGGGGUUUCAGGCGUCGACUCACCUUUACUCCCUCAGGAGGCCAACAGCAGCAGCAGCAACAGUCGCAAUUAGCGUCGCCACGUUAUGCAGCCUACGAGUCACAGGUAACCGGCUCCGACAACGCUGUACAGGGAGUAUUUCGCCAGCGGAAUACCGAGGAAUUCGAAAGUGCCAGCCCAACGAAUUCAACAGCGAAUAAUUAUCUUACGGGUAGUGUACCAAAUCUACACCUGGCCACACGGGCGCCGUAUGAAUACAAAAAGGAGAUGGCCAUACCAGAAAUGUCGGAAACUCCUCCUUUCCGUCCGGAGGCGCGACGUAGAAGACGUGAAGUGCAUAGCGCAAGCUAUGAUUACUAUACAGCGCCACCCACGCGCGAGCCACCAGCACCACCGAUUGAAACGGAGGCAGCAGCUGCUAGUGGGGAGACCACCUCACAGCUGGACAUGCCCGCUUUCAAUCACUUUGCCGAGAAAUAUAAGCUAAUCAGUGCCAAGCCCGAUGAAGAGGAGGCGCCAGCGCCAAGGGUGUCGCAGCUGACCAGCAACGAGCGUGGACGAUAUGUGAAGUAUGAGCAGGUCGAUGAUGUGCCCGAGCUGCUAACGCCGGAUGAUGAAAACGUGGGAACUGCCAUUUCUGUCGCAGCUCAAGUCCAUCAUUCACCACAUAUAACUCAACCGAAUAACGAACCUGCUGAAGCGGAAGGAGAAGCAGCGGCUACUUGCGCUAGUCAAAUUCUUCAGCUGGAGCAUACAGAUUCAGCGUUCGUUGUAGAAAUUAUCGCUGGCACACCAGAUUCAGUUGAGUUAACGGAGCCAUCUUUAGAACGCAACUUGUUUGCUAAUCUGGAGAUUCCUCAGCAUGUGGACGAUGCUGAAUUCGAGCGUAUUCGUUCCACCUACGAAAUGAACGAGGCGGACAUCUUGGACAUGCCGCCGGAUUUUGCUGGACUGCAGGUAGAUUUAACAGAGCCCAGCAGUCCGCCCGGCUUCGGUAAGAGCAUUGACGAUGACUGGGAGAACUUUGAGAAUCUAGAAAAUGUGUCAAACGUGCCGGACAUCAAUUGGCUAGAGCAUCCUGAACAACUGGAGUUACCACAGCAAGAGAUCGCUACAAGUUUGGAGCGGGAAAAUGUGGUGCAGCCAGAGACGCUCUUCCAGCAACUGGAGCUAAUGGAGCCAUCAGCCGAUGAUGUGGAACGACAACCAGUUGCCGAUUAUGCUCAACCACCUCCAUAUGAAAUGGAACCAGCCAUUCAACCUAUCCUGCCCGACUAUGAUGCACUCAUGCAGCUGGAGAAGUCGCACCAAAACACUAAUCUGCCCAACUACGCUGAUGCUGUGAGCCAAAGGAAAGGCAACGAUGCCAAAUACGUUAGCAGCAUAGAAGAUCUAUUCGCGGAACUGCAAGUGAAUGGAGAAGCACCCAUUGGCAACUGCACACCACAUACUGACGGGGAGGUGCACAAUUUCGACGAGCUCUGUGAGGAGCUGGAGAUUGUCGCCUCUCCGAUUCCAGCGCGGCGGCCACCACAGCCAGCGCCACGAGUGUCCAAGCCAACGACUCUCAGUGUCCGCGGCGAUGCUGCACCACUGACCUGCUACGCGCCUGAAGAGUUGCCCAGCUCUAGUUCGAGUGAUAUGGAAGAAGUGGAGGAAGCACCUCCGCCAGCACCACAGCCAGCCAAGCGCACGGGACGCACUUUGAAGGUGCGUUUCGAUGUGGAUAACUUGCAAUACUAUCAAUCCGCCGAGGUGCCCAGCUCUAGUGAGUCUGAAGUUGAGUAUACAUCUGAGUCGCAGUUGCCGGCGAGAACCACACAACGCUUGAUUCCAUUGCUACCUGAUGAGCCAUCAUCAAAUGCUGAGCAUGAUGUGCCCAUGCUCUUUGGCAAUCGGGUCUCACUGGAAGACAGCGAUGACGAAACAUUUGGACGCGCCAUACGUGAACAUCGCUCCAUGACAGAGGCACUGCGACCAGUUGCGCGAAUGGAACGCUCUCCACAGAGCGACAGAAUCACCGAGGCUUAGGACAAUAACAAUAUACCAAAAUGCUGCUCUUCAUUUCCUUAGCAAAGACAGUAUUUUUCAUGUAAAUAAGUCGAUAUACAUAAAUACAUAUACAUAUAUCUAUAAAGUAGAAGUUGCCAUAUAAUGUUGACUAUGUUUAAAUAAAGUGAUCGUAAAUAUAA